AUUUUUACUUGUAUUUUAUUUCUCAUUUAUAAACGCACAGCUCUGUUUGUCCAGCAGGUGUUUUUAGAUAUUGAUAAUCAAUAUUUAUAAAUGACGUGUGACGUACAUUCAGUCCAGUUCAAUCACCCACGCAACCAUAAUAAGACUCAAUUCUCGGCAAAUAAAUAAACAAUUAAAGGGCUGUAUGUUUAUGACAUAACAGGGAAUUAAACACAUGACGUAAGGCUGGUUUAUCAAAUCAGUGCGGCUUUAAAAAGAAGAUUGUUUUUAGUUCUUUUCACAGCAAAAUGCCAACAAAACGUGGAAAUUUCUGCUUAAAUCGUUUAUACUUUACUGUGUUUACUGUUCAAAUGAUUAAAAACCUAAAACGUAACAAAUGUAAAAGGAGAAAAAGGCAAAAAUGGGACGUUUGAGUAGUGACAGUGCUGUUAUUUUAAAAUAAUAAUAGCAAUAAUAAUAUUAAUAAUAAUAAUCAGCCGUGACAGAGCAGGUCUGGUCCAAAAUGGCUGGAGGUGAGUGCGCAGUAACGGGGAGAGGACAGGACAGGUUUAAUGUGGCACACAGACAGCUGCAGCUUAGUGCGAUGCUGCUGUGGUCAGGACGGAUCCAUCAGCUGUUACAUAACAGCUCCCUGCGUGAAAUUCACCCGGGGAGGGCGCACACUGCAGACUCAUCGCUCCGCAGCCUCAGCGUCCAUUUUAACAUCCCUCAUGAAGACGAGUCAGACAUUUACAGAAGCUGAAGACCCCCACCAUCACCACCAGUGAUUGUGACGCAAGUGUGAAACAUUUUCUGAGACUUGCUGCUUUUCUUCCUCGGUGAAAUGAAUAUCUUCAGAUUUAGUAGGGAAAGAAGACAUCUGGGAGAAAUCUGAUGAGAAUAUUUAAGACAAUAAUAAACCAGGAAUAAAACUGCAGUAGUAUUGUUUGGGGCGUAAAUACAUCACCUGUGACGACAGCAUGUUCACUGUUUUCUGAUAUUUUCCAGGCCAGGUGAUUAAAGUUUAAUCAAUGGGAAUAAUUGUUUGAUGUAUGGUGAUCACGGUGUGCCAAAAUUAAGAGUACUGAGAGGCCACAAGGACCUCUGCCUUAAAGGGAAAGCAUCUGCCUUUACAGAUAUUUCACACUACAAUUUGUUUGUUAUUAUUUACCUCAGGCAAACAAAGCGAUCCUCAUAAAUAUGUUUUUUAGUGGUUUAUCACCAAAGUAUCUCUGAACACAAACAAAAAUAGACAAUAAUAAAGGAUUUAAAGGAUUUAAGGAUUUCAUUUAAACUGAUUUAAUUUAAUUUAAACUGGUACCAUUAAUUGGAAAUAUUUUUGAUUUAAGCUUUUCGCUUGAAUGCGUCACCUAUAAUUGACAAUAUAAUUUUCCACUAUUUUCUCAUAUUUAACAAGCUGAAUGAUUAAAUUGCUUCUCAGUGGAAAUCACUAAAAGGACUAAAUAUAUAUGUGCACAAGAUUAGCUAAGAUUGCUUCAUUAAUGGGUUGUUUAAAAUGACGGUUUUGUCAUGAGAGAGAAUUUGUUGUUAGUUUAUUGGGUUUUUUGUUGUUUAUUCCAGAGUAAGACAAAGAAGUCUUUGUUAUAAUUAAUAACUGUCGUAAUCCUAACCUUGUUAAUAAUCAGUAUCUUUGAAUAAUCACUAUCAAGUUGAUUAAGUUGAAUCCAAAAUAUGUGGUACAAAAACUUGAUACUAAUUAUUUUUCCUAUAAGCUGACAGCAGUCAACAAAGCCAAUUUUUAGCCAAUAAAGCGGUGCAUCCCUGCUUCCUUACUCAAAAAUUCAAAAAAAAUAAUAAAAUUGCUGAGUCCAAAGGUGGAACCACUGGCAUCAACGGGAGCGGUUGUGGGAGACAUAACGCAAAGAAAUUCCCAAGUUUUGGAGAGAUGGAGCAAACAGAGUCAGUCCUCUAUGAUUUUCUUCUCUCAAAAAUGACCCAGAGACCUUCUAGAGACAAGUGUUGCAAAUCAGCUGCCAUCUUCAAUUGCCUCAGGGCACCUAGUUGUUUAGUUAUUUUAAGUCAUUGUCUCAGUGAACUAAAAUUUGAUUGGUUAGAACACUUGUCUACUAAUUUACUUACAUAUUUUGCUGAAUUUGCUCCAAAUUAAAUUUUCGUAGUUGUUUCAAUUUCGGAUUAUUUGAAGUGUCAUGUUUGUCACUUAAAAUGUCUGCAAAAUACCCAUACCUAACUGAUUUUAUGCUAGUGCAAGCAUUAGGUAACACAUUCCUGGGGAACAUACAAAAUCCAUCCAUAAUUUGCUACAAUUACAGUUCAAUGGAAAACUAAAUUGGUAAGAGGCUUAUAUUGCCCUUCCAAGAAAAACAAGUGAGGAGGUUAAGUGACAUUAAACAUGUGGUAACUAUAGUCUGAAGCAUAUGUAGCUUUAUGAUCUCUUUCUCUCUGAAAGUGACCAAAAUCUACCAAAAGAACAUCUUGUUCUAUUAAAUAAAACUUAAAACUCGCCACUAAGACCAUGAGGUCAUCAGCAAAGUGUCUGUUAGAGCAAACAAUACAGCGGACAAUAUGACAAAGGACAAAAAGAAACUGAUGCUUAUAUGUUCACGCGACACACUGGGGCCAAUCAAGGGGAAACACCUGGGUAACAGAAGACAGCUGAAACUAAUCAAUGAUAACAGAGGAAGUAAAACUAAAUACAAAAGAUAAAGACUACCAAAAUAAAAGAGGAACACCAGUGACAGAGCCUAACAAUAAGAUAUGGGGGGAACAGGAGAGGCGGGAUUUUAUAUUUAACUUAAAUCACAACAGGAACUAGAUAAACAAAGGUAGCAAGACUAAAACUAAUCAAACCUAAAGACUAAAGUGAGAAUAUAAUCAUAAAGAAACCAAUUAGGAAAUAUUUGAUACAUAAAAAGAAUACAAAACUCAAAAGAAACUCAAAUACGCAGGAAUCCAGAUAUUAAUACAAAAAGUCAAACCUCAGGCACAAAACACAGCUCCAUGAUACUGUAACUGUUGAAGUAAUCCCAGAGUAUAACUCUGUUUAUAACUAUUAACUGUUUUACCCAUUUACAUUGUCUGGCUUCAUUUUGGGCACACCUCCUGCAUUUUUAUGAUUACACAGAAAAUAGUGAUGAAAUUUGAUAAAAUGACAAUAUUUGAGAAGCAAUGAUAAGAAAGGUCAGGGUUUUGGGGUGUGCUCUUUAGUAAUGAGCUGUAACGGUAACUGACCAAUAGCUUUUUUAGUAAUGGGUUGUUUGUUAAUGUAGUCAGCAGAUGCAGUUUGAAAGCGUCACUUAAUAUUUAAUUGUAGCGAAAGGUGAAAGCAUGGUUGUACGGUUCAUAGUUAAUGCAUGUCUAGUAUAAACUGCCUGAAAAUGCCUUUAGGCCAACAGCACUAGUGGCAGCUUUGCAGCUCAUCUGGGUACAUGCAUUACAACCUCUCUAGUGAAUCUGUAAAAACACAGCCCCACUGUGUAACGCUCAGGUAGGUGGUUAAGUGCGUUGUGUAAUAAUACAGCAAUAUGGAGUAAAUGUGCUUUGGCUUCAGCAGAGAUCUUUCUGCAAGCAAAGCCUCAAACUGGACCUUUUAUCACUUCAGGACGCUGACAAAGUCCAGGCAAGUCCAAAAAGCUGGGCUCAGCAUUAGAUUCAUAUUUAGUUAUUGUUUGAUCAGACAGUUUAUGGUUUAUGUCAUGCAGAAUUUACCAUAAAAUCAUAAGAGUUUUUGCUCAAUUUUCUCCAAGCCUUCUCCUAUUUCUUUCUAUAAAAAUGGAGUUGAACCAUUCAGUUCCAGCUGCAUUGAGAUGGUGACAGUAAGCUUGCUGCAUAUCUGAUUGUUGAUGGCAUCAUGAGACUCAACAGUCUGCGGGAUAAUCUCGCGAAAACUUGGCUUCACAUCUGUUGUGAAUGCAUCAUCACACUUAACAUUAUUGUUCUUCUUAUUAACUGCAGUGGUAACCUCUGAGCAGAGCAUGACAUAUUUCAGUUAUUUGCUUUCACUGCUGACAUUUUAAAAAAUUCAUAAGCUUCCAGCGACCUUCUAGAAGCAAGUCUUCCCACUCAGCAACCAUCUUUGAGCAGUUAUUUUAAAACCUCUAUCUAUAGUAAUGUGGAGAGAGCCAUAAUAGUACUUUCUGUGGUCUCUGGAGCAUCCAGGAGGUCUCCAUCGAAACGCAAGCCAAGGUCAUUUUUUCAAAGGUUGCAGAGCAGGGUGCAGUUAAUGGAGAGGACGUCGAUCUUAAAAUGGAAUCAUACUGAUAUCAUUUUUUAAUUUCUCUUACAUCAGAUAUGGGAGAGUUCUAGAAUAUUUAGAAAUAUUAGUUUAAUAAAUCAUUAUUAAAAUUAGGUUGUUUUCUCUGUAAUUUACAGUUGCAGUUAGGCUGAAGCAAAAAUGUCAAAUGUUUAUUCUAAUCCCAGAGAUACGCCAAAGUGUCUCUUACCCAUAGAGUCCUCUAUUUAAUCAUUUACCUUCUUAAUAUCCAACAGGUCACUGUUUAGGGUUAAGGUCACAUCUACCCCUUCAUCAAUUUUCAUAAAGUAGAAAAAGAAGAACUGUACAGCAUAUUUAAUAAGACUUGAUUUAAAAAUCAUCAUCUAAUACUUAACUAAUACUUAACUAUGAAGCUUUUCCAGGCAAAAUUUGGAGAUGUUUAUCAGUGGAAUCAGGAAGGGCAGUAGGGGGUAAAUUCACAACUGAAAAUAGAUUUCAAGGGACCCUCCAUUUCUUCUCGUUUGUGUAGCAUUUGUUGCACCUCAGCUUUAAAAAGUCCUGAACAGAGAUUUGUUCUGUUCAGGAUUUGUUCAUCUCUCAGUCGGACCUGAUCAUAGAGACACAUAGAUUCACUUUAUGUAAAACAAAUCUCUGAGUUUCUUUUAUCCAUACAGCCAAAAAAUUUUUAUUUUAAUAGUUGUGGUGCUGUUGACUGAACUUAGGAUGUUUUUCAGACAGAAACUAGUUUGGACGUGAGGGUAAAGCAGUGACUUAAGUCUAAAAAUAGAAGACAUUAAAGCUGUUUUAGCACCAAAAUGACGGAGUGGGGUUGCAGUAUUUUAUUUAUGAGCACUUUUUUUAUGUUUAUAAAAGCUUUGAUCUUUCUGUUAUAUAUGACAACUUUUCUGACAUGUUCUAGUGUCAUUAUUUAUAGUUUUCAUUCAUUUCUGUUUAUAAUUUUUUUUUAAAAACACAAAUUUUACAAACAUUACAUUUAUGUAGACAAUUGUCUCCUCUUACUACUUAGAAAUUAAUUUUAUUUGUUUCAAUAAUACUAGAAAAAUAGAAACUAAAAGAAUUAUUAAAUGAGUUAUGUAUUUGGAGUAUUCCAGUAUGAUUUUAACACCAUAAUAUAAAUGAAAUACAACAACAUUUAAAUAAACAUAAGACAUGGGGGAUAUGGGGUUUGCAGUUUUGUAAUAUUUCCAAUAUUUUGUGCACAAACACUAAAAAAACAGAGAACCAUGAUUUACAUGUUAGUGUGGUAAUUAGAAGCAUUUAUUUCCCACACCAUCUGCCACACCAAUGGGCUAAUUCCUGCAAAAAAACAAAACAAAACAAAAGAAGUUAUUACCCAUAAUUUUAAAUUAUGCAAAUAUAAUUUCUUUAUCAUGUCAUUUUAUGGAGUCACUAAAGAAGAAGUUUGUAUUUGGUCAUAAAGAAAUCUUUUCCAUAUCACUCCUGCUCUUAUGAAAAUGAUUUGUACAGAAGGACAGCCAAGAGUAAUGCAUAAUCUAAGUGGUUUAAAUCUGUGUUAGUGAAACCUGCUUUUAGUCAAACUAAAUAUAGAAAAUGGUCCAAUUUGCCACCUAAAUCCUGUGUAUCUGUGUCAGCCGGCUGGUAAUCACUUCAUGUGCUGUGCUCCAGUUUUAAUACUCGCUGUGUUUUAAUCAUCUAUAAAACGUGGUAGAAAAUGGGUUCAGUUCAGACUGCAGUUUUACCUGUCUGCCAUAAAAGGUUUAACCCUAUGUGUUUAUCCCUCCCACAAAACCAUUACCUCGGUUUAUGCUUCUAAAACACUGAAAUUCAGUUAAAAACAAACAUAAAUCUUGCCUCACACCAAGUCUGGUUCAUAGUCACGCUGGUCAAAGCUUUAACGACGACAAUGAUGAUUUGCUUCUCAUUCUUCUGGCCAUGCAGCCGUGGCGAAGCAAGAAGGAAAUGACAGCGGCUGGUACUGUGUUUGACAAAGGAUUGUAACGCUGUUAUUUGUUUGCAGGAACGCAAAAUCUUUGGUUCGUAUGAGUGCGACGAAGAUUCGUUUGUGUUCCAGUGGUUCACCUUUAUCUGGUGGCAUUUGUUGUAAUGGUGGCCUCAACCUGUGGUGAUGGCUCACAUAAUUCGCUAAAUAAGAGGGGUACCAGCUCCAGCAGGGCAUCGGCAGGCCCAGCGUGUAUCAUGCCGUGGUGGUGAUCUUCCUGGAGUUUUUCUCCUGGGGUUUACUCACCACACCCAUGCUCACUGUUUUGCAUGAAACAUUUCCCCAGCACACAUUCCUGAUGAACGGACUCAUUCAGGGCGUGAAGGGUCUGCUGUCAUUCAUGUCUGCGCCUCUGAUUGGUGCGUUGUCAGACGUAUGGGGCAGGCGGUCCUUCCUUUUGGUCACCGUCUUCUUCACCUGUGCUCCAAUCCCUCUGAUGAGGCUCAGCCCCUGGUGGUACUUUGCCAUGAUCUCCAUGUCUGGAGCUUUCUCCGUGACUUUCUCAGUCAUCUUCGCCUACGUUGCCGAUGUUACGGAUGAGAGAGAGAGGAGUACAGCCUACGGUCUGGUGUCGGCCACCUUUGCAGCCAGCCUGGUCACGAGCCCGGCCAUCGGAGCGUACCUUUCCGCCUGGUACGGGGACAGUCUGGUGGUUCUGGUGGCCACGCUGAUCGCUCUGGCUGACAUCUGCUUCAUCCUGCUCGCCGUGCCCGAGUCUUUGCCCGACAAGAUGAGGCUCAGCAGCUGGGGGACACCCAUUUCCUGGGAGCAUGCCGACCCAUUUGCUUCUCUGAGGAAGGUGGGUCAGGACUCCACAGUCUUACUGAUCUGUAUCACCGUGUUCCUGUCUUACCUACCUGAGGCCGGACAGUACUCCAGCUUUUUCCUUUACCUGAGACAGGUCAUAAACUUCUCCUCAACAACCCUCGCUGUUUUUAUAGGAGUUGUGGGCAUUCUGUCCAUUGUAGCUCAGACUCUCUUCCUCACUCUGCUGAUGAGAACUCUGGGUACUAAAAACACUGUUCUGUUAGGUUUGGGCUUCCAGAUCCUUCAGCUGGCCUGGUACGGCUUUGGAUCAGAGCCAUGGAUGAUGUGGGCUGCUGGUGCUGUAGCAGCGAUGUCCUCCAUCACCUUCCCAGCAGUUUCUGCUUUGGUGUCACAGUCUGCUGAUCCCGAUAAACAAGGCGUGGUCCAGGGGAUGAUCACAGGCAUCAGAGGUCUGUGUAACGGCCUCGGCCCAGCCCUGUACGGAUUCAUCUUCUUUCUCUUCAACGUCGAGUUUAACUCCAUGGACCCCAUCCAGGGAGACUACAACAUCGACCCCCUGCCACUGCACAGUCCCACUGAGCGAGCGCUAAUCCCAGGCCCGCCCUUCCUGUUAGGGGCAUGCACCGUGGUCAUCGCUUUCCUCGUCGCUCUCUUCAUCCCUGAGAAAACCUCCUGCUCCUCCUCUUCCUCCCAGCUGUCCCUCAACGACAAGCCCCACCCAGACAGCAAAGAGUCCAUGUCCUCGCUGGCCGGUGUCCACAUCAACACGCCGCUGCCAGGCAGCGAUGAGGAGAGCCCGCCCGCAGCCUGCGACGCGGACUUUGAGCCGCUGCUACACGACAGCAUCGUUUGAUGGACAGGUGGAGGGCGGGGCUAAAGGCGUGGUUUGAUCGAGUGACGCUUUGUAACAAAGAACACAUUUUUUUUGCCAUCCGGCAGAACUAAGUGUACUUUUACUGAUUGGCUGGAGGAAGCUAUUUGCUGGCAGGUGGGACUAACAUUUUUAUUCACAGAUCUGUGACAUCAUGUGACCAGUGAGGUAAUGAUUCGUCAAAGAGCUGCAAACAAGAUGUCAUCAUGCGAUCGGAGAGAGGAAUCAAAGACGAUUUAGUUGCCUGACAGGAAACAAGAGAAGGGACCAAGUUUUGUGUAGUUUUUUGGGGUUUUUUGUUUUUUUUUAAUGGCGAAGGAGGCGUGGCUGGCUUAGGGAUCCGCCCACUUUAACAGAAAGUAUAUUUGAGGUUUUCACUGAAGGGUUUUUGUUCAUCUUUAAUCUUUAAGAAAAGGUGUUUUUACCUUUUAGCUGUAUCAUUCUGACGCUGUGUUUUUUCUCUGGUUCUUGUAUAAAAGAAACACGUCUGCAUCGUAUUUAAGGCAGCCAAAACAUCUGUGUUGAUUUAUACUCUCUCUUUUUAUUGUUGUUGUUGUUAAGGUUUCUUUUUUUAGUUACAGGUAAUGCUAUUUUUAAAUUUUUUUAAUUGUACAGUACCUUACUUGCUAUGAACUAAGAGUGCUAACUGAGGUGUGAAUGUGACAAGCUGAGAGACGACUCAACCACCUGAAAUAUCAAUUUAAUCUUUUUCUUUCUUUCUUUCUUUAAAUGUAAACCAGAGCAAAACUAAAGCUCAGGCGAUCCAAGAGAUGCAGAUAAUUUUUUAAAAACUUUUUAUUCUCAACAGAGCCUCUUCACCACAUAGAUUUUACUUUUAUUUUUCCCACUUUAGUGUACCAGUUUGUGACUCUACCUCACAAUCAACCUUGUUUUUCUUAUCUUCCAUCACUUGUGUUUUAUUUUUUUAUCUUUCAAAGUCACUUUAUAAAAGUGCUGCUGGCUGCUGGCAGUGGGAACAUCCUCACACGGCUGUACCUGUGGCCACCCAGUGUCUUUGCCUGUCUUCUUCUCUUCAACUGGGUGCUUUAGCCUCGCUGUAUUUUCAUGCAAGUUUUACUUUUAACUUGCAAAAAUACUGCCGACACGACGUGUAUGUGUUUCCCCUGGCAGCAGUGAUAAUUCCUGUGAAUGAACUUAUACUUGAAGCACCGGAGAGCGAUUCUACAAGAGCUUUAGAGAAGAUUUCCAACGUAUGCUGAGGAGUUUAAGUGUAUAAAUGGCACAGAGUGUACAUAGUGACCGGCUUUAUGACCUUAAAAUGUAAAUGUACAUGUGAAUGAUAUUAUGGUUUGUACAUAUUGUCACUGAACUGUGGGAUUGGCUUGCUUGUUGUGGUUGUGUGGUAGCUCAGUGGGAUGGGGGUGGGGGGGGUUCGACUACGCAGCUAAACUGUUAUACAAGACCAACAGUCAUUUUUAAAUUCAUUCAGGUCACACGGACGCCCAGUCCAUUUUCUCUUUCUUACACCUGAGUAUAUUUACCUGCACACUAGUAUCCCAAUGAUCAGUAUUUAUGUGAAACUCAGUUUCACCCACCAAACAGGUUUUGACUUUCUGCAAAAGAAACAAAAAAAACCCAAAACACAUCAGGUUUUAAUUUACUGAAACUUAAAAUUAACAGGAAAGUACCUCCUGUUAAGAUAAGUAAAACAGAGUUUUUGCCUUAACCACUGCAGACCAGUCAUUCUUAUGCGUACCCCCCCACACACACACACACACACACACACAAAAAGGCACAAAUUUUCACCCAAAACAGCAGAAGUUAGGAAGUGGAGUACAACCAGUACCUGGAGUGGAGUUAAAAUUUACCAGGAAGUCCUUGCUCCUAUUUUUUUUUUUUGUUCUGUCUCGGCUAACAAUAAGCUUGUCUUCCAUUUCUGGCUAAUGUCCACAUUCUACAGGAGAAAGUCAGCUUAUUGGCAUCAAACAUAUUUUUUUGUUAAAGCUGAAAUAUUUUUAGAUUGCAAGGAUAAGUAUUUUCUUCUACUCAUGGCAUCAAGUGUGAAACAGAUGAAACUCGAACUUUCCCAUUAAGCACAUAUUUGGUCAUUUUUAGACCAUGAAGCAUCUAUUUUACCUGAGCCUGUUCUACUUAUUUCCAGCUCUGUAUGUAUUACUCUUCAACUUCAGCUUUGAUGAUUCAAGGGUCAAAAUAGUUCCUGUUUAUCUUAUACGGGGCCUUUGUGCAGCUAAGUGGAUCUUUUACUUUAAAUCUUAGCCAAACUUAUGGCUAAAUCUUAUUGGGAAGUCCAAUCAUUUUUUUUUAUUUUUACCAAGGUCUUUGAGCCAGCCUUUUUCUGAUUGGCUCCCCCUCACUAACAAAGACUUGACCAGCACGUGGGUGGGGCUUCUGUGCUGAUAACCGUAUAAGGACCCUCUCUUUGACAUCAUACAGAGCGAAGAGCAGAAAAAAACAUCUGUACCAAACACUUAGAGCCGUUUGAACUUGUACAUACACUGACCUCAAUGUUUGAAACUUUGGCUUUAUUUAUUAUAAACAUUCGUCACUUGGAACAACAGAAAAGCAGAAUAGGUCCACCUUAAUAAAAUAAAAUGGUGCUGGAUAAAAGUUACCUUAUCUGCUAUUUUUUUUUUAGCCUUCUUCAUUAAAUGAACUCUAAACCUCAUUUCACGGUGACUGAGUUUCAAGUACACACAGAGCCCAGAUCCUAGCCAGGAUAUUAGUGUGUAUGUGAACAAACUGAGGUUUAAUUUGAUCCUCCACUGCAUACACUCAGUUCCUUCACCAGCAGUCCAGCUGACUCUACAGUGUAAAUAUUGUACAUGGACAGGACAUGUGUACAUCGGUCGUACGCUGUAAAUACACAUUGUCUAUCGUCUUGUCUGGAAGCGUACGAGCCAGUCGUUGGUUAUUGGAAAUAAAAGCAGUUCAACAACA